CUUUACCGAUCGUACACAUACAUAUAAAUAAUAAUAAAAACCGAAAUAAAAAAGUAAUUCCCCAGUCUUAUAUAUUUCAUACAUAGCCACUCCCCCCAUCCCCCACACACAUACACACACACAAACAUACAUUAUGAAUCUAUCAAUAGAAAAGGAUAAAAAAACUGCUAUUGUACUUUCAACAGUACUUUUAUUCACUUCAUACAAGCUGAUUCGAGCUUUAACAAACAAGUCCAAAUCUCAAUCUACAAAAGAAAUACCUGUACCGGGAUCUUCGUAUUGGUAUGUCGGACAUAUGUUCUCUAUGGGCGAACUUCCUGGAAAAACAGUAGAGGAAUGGCAUCGUCAACUAGGACCCAUUAUUAAACUUUAUCUCGGUGUUCAAACAUGGAUCAUGAUUGCUGAUCCUAUCUUGGCUCAUAAAGUAUUUGUGACAAAUAGUGCCAAAACCUCCUUCAGACCAAAAUCACACUUUACUGAUUUGUAUAGUAAAGGAGAAAAGGGUGUUGCAUUUGGACAACCUUCGGAUGUAAAAUGGAAGAGUACUAGAGCUAAAAUGCAGGAUGCAUUUGUACCGAAACAAAUCGAAAGUUACAUGGAUUCUAUUCAUUGGGAAGCCCAGGAGCUAGUGCAUCAACUUGUGGAAGAUACUGUAAAAGAAGAAGGCGUAAUUCCCUUUGAGUACUUUAAAUGGUAUGCCAUCAAUACCGUCUUUGUACUCAGUUUUGCCAAACGAUUUGAACGCGUGCAUGACCCAGAAUUCAAAAAGUUUUCUUAUAUUAUCGCAAGAACAGGUAAAAUACUAGAGGCAGUAGAAGAUCUUCCAGGGUUCCUACCUAGCGCUUCAUUCCUUGAUUUCUUCAAUGGUAGGAAAUCAAGGGGUAAACAUUUCUUUGAAGAUGUGAGAGAUCCUACCUUUCGGAGAUACAUUGCGGAAGCCCUAAAUUCGGAUAAACCAAAUAUAGUCAAGUCGAUCAAGGAAGAAGGUGCAAAUUGGUCAGAGGAAGAAUACAUCGCCUUCACUGCUGAUAUUAUCUCUGCUGGAACAGAUACUAUUGGAGUUUCAUUAUGGUGGAACCUGUAUCUAAUGUGUCAUUACCCAGCAUGCCAAAAAACUGCAGCAAAUGAAGUAGACGAAUUCUUCAGACUCAAUGGUCGACUUCCUCAUUUCAGUGAACGCACGCAACUGCCAUACAUUAUUUCCGUCAUGAAAGAAUGUAUGCGAUUUAGACCCACCAUGCAAUUCGGAUUACCUCAUUCUACACAAGAAGAACUUGAGGUGGAUGGUUAUGUCUUUCCAAAGGGGUGUAACAUUAUUUCAAGUAUGCAUGGCAUGCACCUGGGAUCUUAUUUCGAAAACGCCAACACAUUUUUCCCAGAAAGAUAUAUGGGUAAUUCCAAAACCAUGGACGCACUCAAAAAAGGUAAAAUUGAGGAACGAGAUCAAUUUAAUUUUGGAUGGGGAAGGCGUAGUUGUCCUGGUACUUAUUUAGCUGAGGUGGAAAUGUUUUUGGCAUUUGUUCAAAUUCUCGCCACAUGCACUAUUGAACCUCCCAAAGAAGGUAUGCCUGACAUAAAUGAAGCAAGGAAUGUUGGAUUAAAUGUCGUACCCCCUCCUUGUAAAUUACGUUUUGUUAAACGUCAUGAUUCACUUGUUUAACUAAUUUAUUACUGCACGGAAAAUAUAAUAAAAUAUGUACUAUCUAUCACUUAUGUAUAAAGAUUGUUACGAAUGCGUCUUUAAAUAAGUAUUACGUAAUCGAUGGCAUAGAAAGGUCCCCUUGCUCGGCAAUAAGUGUAAAUGUAUGCGCUAGAUGAUGAAUCAUGUCCAAUUACAUACAUCUACAUGUGUUAAAUCUGUUUAUUGAGCCUUUUCUUCCUUCGAAAGAAAAAGAGAGAAGAUUAUCUUAAUAAUCCACGAAGUACUAAAAAUUGC